GCUCGAGCAAAGCUUACGCCGCGCUUCUUUUGAAAUUAAAAGUUAAAAAUGGCUGAUUCACAACAAAAAGCAGAAGCAAAAAGUAUUGAGGUUGGGAAACCUACAAGAACCCUCGAACGAAAGGACAAGUUCGUCUUCAACCAAUGCUGUUUCUGUGUACCACUGAGGACUGGAUGUCUCAUCCUCGCCUAUUUGUUCCUGGUUGGCAGUAUCGCGAUUGGAAUUUAUUCUACUUUAGUUGUAGUUAGCAUGGUGGCCAACAUGUCACGCGUUCCGGCAGAUUUCCGCCAUGUUCUCAUUAGCAUUUUGGGGUUAAAUUCUGUAACUUUGGUUUUAGUUCUAAUUUCAAUACCAUUUAACAUACUUCUCCUCGUUGGACUGCAUAAGGAGAGACGAAACUUUGUGAAACGCUACCUCAUAUUUCAAUUGGUGUACAUUAUAUUAAGUGUAAUUCUGGAUAUUGUUCGAAUGUCAAUGGGGCGGGCGUACCUCGUAAGCUAUAUAAUAAUCCUGGUCAAUCUUGUGUUCAACAUCUAUUAUCUCCUCGUGUUGAGGAGCCAGUACGUGAAGAUGGGUGAAACCGCCUACGACCUGCCUGGACGACGGUACCGCGAUGGUCAUGUCGUAGAUACAUCAUAAUAAGUUCAACUGAUUUAAACCCUACUAAUGACUAUUAAGUACCUGUAAAAAAAAUACCUUAUAAAUAUCUUAAAAAUAAUUUAUCUAAAAUGAAGACGACAUUUGGAUCACAUAUUUUGUAGAGCACUAUCUCUUUUAGACUCUUGUGCGUUUUUAGGCAUCUUCUCUCGAAAUACCCUUUAUAAUUGAAAUUGAAUUGAAUUGAAAUGUGCUUCAUUGAGCACUAUCAUAAAAAGAAACGCAGACAUAAAUAUUACACAACAAAAAUAGUAAGUAGUACUAUUUGGCAGCCUUAUCGCUUAUGUUAUAAUAUUAUCACUGGACAUAAAAUAGGAAGGUGCACUACGCCAUGUAUGUAAUAAUAUGAAUGUAGGUAACUACCUAUUCACAUCUAUGAUAUAUUAUAAGUACCUAAUGUAAUUGUUUUAAAGUUUAGGUUUAUCUUAAAUCUUUUAGGUUAUUUACUACUUAUUUUGACCU